AUGGCGAUACCUUCAAAGGUAAAGACCUAUCUACUUGCUUGUAUCAAUCCGGAAUAUCGCCAAUGUUUUACGGUGACUCGUGGAUCUUACGAGUUGCUUACUACUGCAAAUUCGUUUUGGUGCAAAGUUCUGGCAAGGCAUUAUCUUGUCCGAGUUGUUUGCUGCGCUUCCGGCAUCAACGUUGUAAUCCAGGGUGAUGAGGCAUCAUGUUCGGCGGUGCAAACGGUUAUCAGAGACGCGGGGGAAGCUUUGCUGUGUCGGACAUAUGUCGAAUCGUCCUUUACUUCUUCUGAAUCUGUUGAUCUUAAAGGACUCUCCGUCAUUGAUUCUCUGAGCGAUUUCUGUAAAAGGCAGAGUAUUGGUGCCAAAACAUUUUUGCUCUGUUGGCUGGAAUGGCAUCGGUGCGAUGUCGCGCGUUACGUGUCUGAUGGAAAAAGCCAGCUAGAACUUCGACUCACAUUUGAUCCGGAGCCGCAUCGGCAGCAGCCCACUUUUUAUGACAGUCGAACGCCACAAACUCCAGAUUCAUUGCAUUCUCUUUACCCCGAGUAUCCUGACAUUGAUUCUGUACUUUCCGCCGCCCCCGAGCCCAGUGUUCACUGUGAAAAUAUACCACCCCAGGUAGAGGCAAACGGAUGCUGUGCUUCAGGCGUGCCUUGCGCAAAAAACAAUGGAGAAGGAAAUGGUGUUGUUGAUGCCUCCAAUUCUGCUUCUCGUUUGAGACCCAUUAUCAUUGAUGGUAAAAACGUGGCAAUGAUGUACGGGCGAUAUGAGGACUUCCAACCUUUUGGAAUAUUGGUAUGCGCUAGGUAUUUUCUGGAACGUGGCCAUGACGUGUUAACGUUUGUGCCAUUUGGUGUAACAUGCCGCAAUUCGAAGGUGCCUCAAGAUCUCAAGAACAUCUUGUUCUGGAUGUUUGACCAGAAACUGCUGUUGUUUACACCAUCGCGGAGUAUACUCAGCAGUGGUGAAAGGAAGAAAAUACCUCGCUGCGAUAAUCUGUAUCUUUGCAUCAUAACCUACGCUGUGCAACUGACCAUCUUUUAG